CCUUCAAUAAUUCACAGCCGAAAUAAGAAACUUUGUGCAAAUACAGAUACUGUUAUUGGCUUACUGCCUGUUAGGUUUGAUGCUAACCAGUCUCGUGACUAAUUCACAGUUUCACACUCUUGAAAUUAUUUAGUUUCCCAGCUGUAAACUUUUUCUUCUCCUCAAUAGAUCUCUGAUCUGCAGAUUUUGAUAACUUCAUCAAGAACUAACAGUAACAAAAAGAUGAUGAAUCUUUCCCAGGCUUGUUUUUCUGGAAUGGGAAUGGACGAUCUGUCAUUCCUGGAUCAGUUCCAAAUCUUGCAGUCGAUUGAGCAAGAACUUGCGGAUGUCCUUUGCUCUUCUUCGCCGGAGGAGGGGUCGCCGCCGCCAGCGGAGGCGACGACCAGCCAUCUCGGAGAAGAUGACAGGCCGCUAAAACAACUCAAGAUCCACCAUCAUCCUAUCGUUGACGUUAACGUUAACCAGCCGGAGCAGAGUCAAGAACUGAUCGCCAGUAACGCGAGCGCCGAGCAGGAAACGGAGCCGCCGGAGACGACGACGAAAAAGGCGAAAAAAUCCGGUAGGCGUGGCCGGCCACCUACCCAUACGUAUGAUCAUAUAAUGGCGGAGAGGAAACGGCGAGAGCUUCUUAGCGGUCAAUUUCUAGCGUUGUCAACCAUAGUCCCCGGCCUCAGAAAGAUGGAUAAAACAUCGGUCCUCGGAGAUACGAUCAAGUAUUUGAAACAAAUACAAGAACGUGUGAAGACAUUGGAGGAAGAAUCGAGCAAGCGAACCAUGGAAUCGGUUGUUUUCGUCAAGAAGUCCCAGGUAUCAUUCGACGACAACGAGGAAAUGUCGUCCGGCGAAAAUGGGAACUCCGAUGAGCAGCCGCUGCCGGAGAUUGAGACGCGGUUGUGUGACGAUCACAUUCUACUAAGAAUAUACUGUGAACGGCAAAAAGGGAUAAUCGGAAAAAUAUUUUCCGAGGUGGAGAAGCUUAACCUAGCUGUGGUAAACUCGAGCGUGGCACGUUUUGGAAGCUUGGCUCUUGAUAUCACUAUUAUCGUCGAGAUGGAGAAAGAGUUUGACUUGCCGAUGAAACAUAUUGCAAAGAUACUUCGCUCGGCAAUCCAACAUGCUACACAAACAUCCUAAACUAUAAUAAGUUUUAUGUAUGAGUAUCUAAUUUUGAGAUAUGUAUUAUUUUUAAUUAAAAUAUAAUGCUUUUCUAUAGUUCAAUUAAAAAGUAUUAUCUUUUAGUUAAAAAGUAUUACAUGUUUCAUGUGAAAUAAUCCCAAAAACAUAAUCGUUGAACUAUGCAUGCAGCAAUUUUCACAA